AUGCCUACGCGAGAAUCAUCGCGACCCCCCCGCUCACAUCGACCAAGGGACCGAGACAGGGAAAAAGAUAGGGAUAGGGAUAGAGAUCGACGGCGAGAUGGCCAACGAAAGAGAAAAUCACGAUCGCGACAACCAGUUUCGGGCUCAGAGGAUACUCCGGAUAGAAGCUCCAGAACGCUAUCAUCCCAUGCCCUAGCCGAUCUUGAAAGAGAGAAUGCACGCCAAAAGAAGCGAAGCGAACGCGCAAGCCGAGACUAUAGAGAUGAAUCCCGAAGACCAGAACGACGACGUGAUGAACACCGAAGGAAAGAUCGCGACCCGGAAAAGCCGCGCACUCAUGGCAAGGGCAAGAAGAAAAGAGUCGUUAGCGGAGCUGUUAUGGAAGAGGGACAGUCAAAGGCGCAUUUAAGAGGUGGUGGGGGAAGUGUUGAUACCAUCCAACAAGAGAAGGACUUUUACUUAUCAAAACCACCAAAGAAGAAAAAGAAAAAGCUAUGGAUUGCGAUUGGCGUGGGCGCUGUUGUUCUGCUCAUCAUUAUUGUGGUGGCAGUUGUUGUCAGCCAGAAGAAAGAUGGUGGAGAUGGCGGUGGCAGCAGUAGCAGUGACAGCUCCGGCGAUGCAACCGAUACUUCUGACCUCGACGGAAAGGAUCGCUCAGAAAUACCCGAAAAAUGGCGGAACACAUAUCUUGACCCUUGGACUUGGAAAUCAACAACCGACUUCAACCUCACAUUCACGGACGAAAUGGUUGGCGACCUGCCUGUUAUGGGCCUCUACGAUGACUGGGACGAUUCAGCUCAAGCCAACGAGAAUGUCCCUCCGCUGAACAAACCCUGGGGUUCUUAUGGCAAGAAGCCUGCUCGUGGAGUAUGUAUUGGUGGAUGGCUUUAUCUGGAACCUUUUAUCUCACCGUCUCUUUUCAACUACGACACAAAAGAGGGCAUCAUUGAUGAGUGGACAUUGUCUGAAAAGUUGGGUUCUGAAGCAGGAAAAACUCUGGAAAAACAUUAUGCAUCGUUCAUCACAGAGCAAACCUUUAAGGACAUACAAGCAGCAGGCCUGGAUCAUGUCCGUAUUGGCUUCAACUACUGGGCUGUAGAAGUCUAUGAUGGCGAUCCUUACGUGUACCGAACGUCUUGGCGAUACCUCCUGCGCGCCAUCGAGUGGUGCCGUAAGUACGGAUUGCGAGUCAACUUGGAUUUGCAUGGCAUUCCCGGUAGUCAAAACGGAUGGAACCACAGUGGUCGGUGGGGUUCUAUAGGUUGGUUGAACGGGAACGACGGCAGCAAGAACGCGGAGCGAGCACUCGAAAUUCACGAAAGGCUGUCCAAGUUCUUCGCCCAGCCCCGCUACAAAAACAUCAUCACUCACUACGGUCUCGCCAACGAACCUCGAAUGACGAGUUUGAAGACGAGCGAUGUGAUUAAGUGGACGGAAGAUGCGUACAAGAUUGUGCGCAAGAACGGUGUAAAAGCCCUUGUGGUCUUUGGAGAUGGUUUUAUGGGACUCGAAAAUUGGCAGGGCUUGAUGACUGGUUACGAUGACAUGGUUCUCGACGUCCACCAGUAUGUCAUCUUCAACGAGAACCAAAUCGACUACACCCACAAGGAGAAGGUUGAGUAUGCUUGCGACGGCUGGACCGAGCAAGCGGAGAUCAGCAUGGACCGUUCGAAAGGUUACGGACCUACCAUCUUUGCCGAGUGGUCCCAAGCGGAUACAGACUGCGCAAAGUUCCUUACCGGAGUAGGCUGGGGUACUCGCUGGGAGGGUACAUACGAUACAGGAAACAAGGACUCGUCCAUCCUGGAGCCUCGGUGCCCAACUAAAGACGACAAGUGUUCAUGUCGUGGCGCCAACGCUGAUCCCAGCGACUGGAGUGACGAAUACAAAAAGUUCCUCAAGAUGUUUGCCGAGGCGCAAAUGCACAGUUUCGAGAAGGGCUGGGGAUGGUGGUACUGGACAUGGAAGACGGAGGACAACCACCAGUGGAGUUACGAAUCUGGUCUCAAGUCUGGUGUUCUGCCUGAAAAGCCUUGGGAUCGUGAUUUUAAUUGCGAUAAAGACGUUCCCGACUUCGAAAAGAUGGGAUUGCCUGAGUAUCUCUAA